CUAAAGCAGAUGUUUGCAGUCAUGUGUCAUGGAGAACUGGGUGGUGUGUGGCUUAUUAUGUAAAUGUUAUUCUAAUACCAUUAGUACUGCACUUGCCUAGUGCUAAUGGUAUUAUUCGUUUAGUGGUCCCCUAAAUGUGAUAAACUGGGAUUUAGUUUUGAUGAAACUAACUCGUAGAUUCUCCUUCACUGCAAAACAAGGUGCAGUGCAAGGGUGUGGCUCACUGGCACGCUGACAUUUUCAAUUAGCAGUCAAUGACACGCACCUGUGCAUCGUUACCUUCUCAGUCUGGGAUUGGCCACAGACCGUGUCCGGUUUCAUAUUUUAAGCCGUGCUCUGAAAGAAGCAGACAACAUUUCAGCUGACAAGCACAAUGGCCCCUUUACUUCCUUCAAGCGUGCUGCUCCUUGUUGCACUGUUGAGCUGGAAUGUCCAUUGCUUUCCUACAAAAGGCUGGACCCAGCGUGCGUCUCGUGAUGGCAGUCUGUCAAACAUAAAGACACCCCCUGUCCUUUAUCGCUCAUCCCAAGGUGCUUCUGCUCAGUCGGCCGAUGAUGGUCCCGAGUCAUUCUUGCAUGAACCGGUGAAGAAGGGAGCGUAUUCUAGUCCUAAACGCAAUCUAGCAAGCUCCAGGCUUCCUCCUUUUGAGGUUUAUGAGGCUCCUGGUUUGGAACCUGUGGAAGAGUCUCCAGCUGCCCUCAGAGUGUCCAGAACAUAUCAGCCCACAUCUGACGGUGGCUUUCCUCCCCCACAAGCAGGUGAGCUUCAAAAUUAUGAUGAAAGCAUUGAGGAUGGUGACCGGGAAGAAGAAACUGAGGACUUGGUGCCGCCGCCACCACCUCCAUAUCUAGGGUCGCCGUUCAAGGCUGGUGAGUUGAAGAACUACUUGUCGUCUUAUGAGCAUGGAGAUUAUGAGGAGGAAACGGAAAGCCAAGAUUCAGCGCCACUUCCUUAUGUGGAGCCAGCUUCUUACGUGUCUAAUGGCGGUCAGGUGCCGUUUCAACCAAAUUAUCCGUGGACAAGGGAGGACUAUGCCUACUACCUUUUCUUCACUGGUGGGCUCCCUGCAGGCACACUGUCACACUACAGUUCAGACUAUGAAGCUGGAAGAGACUACUACGAUGAUGCAGAAUAUGAGAGAUACGACUAUCCCCCUGAAGAUCCAGCCACCCCUGAAGAUCCACCAGCCCAGGAUCCAGUGACAUAUCAAAAGUUGUAUUGAAAUCUGAAAUAAAAAAUCUUAAGUAA